AAAAAAAGAAAAAGAAGAGAAGAAAGAAAACAAAAACAGAAAUGGCUUUUUGGUUGAACCGAUCUGGAAGACAACUGGUCCGAUUAUCAUCAUCAUGGGCAACUCCACCACAACUACGGUUAUUAACAUGUGUUAAUAAUAAUAAAAAUGGUUUCUCAACUGCUGCUUCUUCUUCUCCAGGCGGCAUGAACCAAAAAUCAAACCCAAAGGAUGAUGCAGCCUUCAAAGCAGAUCUGCCUGUUACUGCCGGCGAAGCUUUUGGGCAUAAGUUGAUGAGCGCUAUUUUACAGAAGAAACCACUUCCUUCUCCCGAUGAUCCCGACUUUCACAAACUUGUGGAUGAUCUGAUUGAGAAGCUACCCGAUGCUGAGGUGAAAGAUGCCAAGUCAGAGACAGAUCUGUCUGAGAAAAACCCUAAAGCUACUACAUCUGAGAUGAUCAAAGCUACCGCAGUUUUUACUGAUGCUAUAGUUAAGGGGUUGCUGGGUAAGAUACCAAAACCACCAGCUUUCAAGGUUAGUGGGGACAACUUCAACUUUAAUUUCGAUGCAAAUGGGCUCGAUCUCGUUGUCAAGGUCUGUGGGUUGCCUAAAGAAGACCUCGCCGUGUGGGUUGAUAGGAAUCUGGUACUCGUCGCUAGCAUGGAGGAUGUUGCACCAGACCAAAAGGUGCGUGAGGCGAUAACGAUGCCAGAAAAUUAUAACUAUGAUCCUGACGCGGUGACCGGAUCCAUCAUGGAGGAUGGCCAGCUCAAGAUCUCUUUCCCGGCCUCCAAGGAAGGCGGCGAGCCAAAGGAAAACUACUUUGAAGUUAAUUUGGUUUGA